AUGGGUGAUUUCAAUAUGACUAUGGACCUAUUACUGGACCAAGCUACGCCUGGAUCCACUUUUCGUGAGGCUGGUCGUGCUGAGCUUUUCGAAUGGAUGAUUAGCCUCGGCCUCGUCAACUUUCGGCGACUCGAAAGCCCCGAUCUGCGCAAGUUUAUGGGUCCCAAGUCCACGAAUAGCAUCGACUACUGCUUGGCUAGUUUCUAUUUUGACGACAAGUUUGUUCGUUCGUCUACUCAUCUUUUAGGUACCAAGUUUGGGAGCGUGGAUCGUGUACCAGAAGAAUUUUCUCUGUCGUCACAUUCACCACCCCCAAAUUCCUCACUUCCGUUCAAGUGCCCGACUUGGCUUCUCAAGAUCGACCAGGUUCAAGAGCAGCUCUCCCGUAACCUUUAA